AUGUACAAAAUAAAGGAACAGGAUGGCCAGAAAAGGAUUCAUACAAUUAACAGUGGCUCGCUGAAGAUCGGGAGAGACCCAGCUCAAUGCAAAAUAAAUCUUCCAAUAGCUGCUGCUGGCGUAAGCAGAGUUCAUGCAAUACUUGAACUUCGUGGGGAUGAUCUAGUGCUCGUCGAUCAAAGCGCAUAUGGGACCUUGAUCGAUGAUGAAGUUGUGCUGAAAGGCUCUCGGGUUUUGAAGCACAAGGAUGAGUUUACCGUCGGAGUAUUCACAUUCGUCGUCGAGGGAGCUCCACCAAAAGAACCGAGUCAGCAAACUCGUAAAUCCACAUCCAAGGGCAAAAUUACGAACUUUUUCCAAGCGCCCACUCAACGAGUCAGCCAAUUCAAUUUUGGAAACACGUUAGCUGAAGAAACACAAAGAUCGAUAACCCAAAAAAGCUCCACUUCAACACAAAAUCUUCGCUCCAAGUUAUUGGGUGGAAAAACAGUAGAUCCCAAUGAUUCGGAUGAUGAGUUUAUGAUAAUCAACGAAACGCCGAGACGUUCUCAACGUUCGCAACAAAGUAUGACGCCGCUAAAAGAAACUCCGAAUUCAUCUAGAAAAUGCUCUACUACAAAUCCUUAUGGAACCCUCUCUUCAUUUGUUAACGAUGAUGAUGACGAUAUUAUGGCACCCGCCGUUUCAAGCAGAACAACACAGAGAUCUGUUAAAACAAUCGGCAAUGUCCAAUCUCGAGCGCAAAUGCGUGCAGCGAACCUUCGGAAAAAACACGAGUCAGAAAAUAGCAACACUUUGUGUGCUGGAGGCUCUAAUGAUUUUUCUUCGCUACACCCCAGCAAAAAAGCUAAGAUGGUGAUGGAGACAAAAUUUACUGGGGAAGAUGCCGUUGCAGUGCCACUGGAUAGCGGACCGGUAGUUUCAACUUCUCAAGCACCCACUCAUAGCGUUCGAAAUCUAGAUGAAGCUUUUCAGGCUGUUAGUCCAAAAAAGACUGAACUGGGUCACCCUAGAAGGAAAUCGCCACCUGCAAAGCGAAGUCGUCUUGAGAAAGAGACGAUUGAAGACAAUGAGUUUGUGUGCCCCGAACCACAGAAAGAGAUAAAACGGAAGGCACCAAAGAAAGUUGAUAUCAAAGCAGUAGAAAAGGAGUUCGAAAAUCUUUGCGCUCAAAUGUGUAGCGGGAAAUCUACGGAAGAAGACGAUGUAUCCGGGCCUCAACAACAAAUUCAAAAAAUCGAAGAACGGGAACGAAAAGAAGCUUCUUUGAUUCAUGAGAAAAUGGAUUUGAUGAUCAGUUACACAAAUCUUGAGCGUCCUUCUCAAAUGCUCUCUUUUGCAAGUAACUCUACAGCGUCCAGCAGCGGUGGACUUCCAAACUGUAAAAAGUUUCGAAAGGCUCAACAAGGCCGUUUCAAUGAGUCCAUUUACAAGGAGAAAGGUCAACCUCAA